AUGGCUGCAAUUAUAGGUGGAGGACCACGAAAACCGCCAAGAAUCAUACGAAAAAAUGUAGCGCUUAAACAUACGCGGAAAGAUGUUCGAGACGACGAAGGUGAAAAAGUUAAACGAGAAGGAUAUGAAGUACAAUCAGGAGUAUUGACUGUAAAUGAGAAUCACCCAUCCAACUUCAAACCGAAGAAAUUGCCAGGAAUCGCUAACGAUGUCGAAUCUUAUCCAUGCCGAUUUUGUGAGGAGAAAAUUUUUUUGACUGCAUCAGGACUUGAAAAGCAUGGAAGAGAGUGUCACCUGCAGAAUUUAGACGAUAUCAUGCUAGAUAUUAAUACAAUUUGUGGAGAAUGGAAGAAAAGAGAGUUCGAACGGCUCCGAUCUCGCGAUCGACUAACAAUGGAUAAAAUGAGACACGAAGCAAGAGCACAUCAACUUGUAAAAGCUGUUCUUGCUGGAAAUCAGCCGACUGUAGGAGGAGAACAAUAUGAAGCUUGUACAAUCUGUAAUAUGCUCGUCAACAUAGCACAUCCAACAGCCAUGGAAUCUCAUCAAAGAGCACACAAAAAGAAUGACGAGCUUCGAUUACAGCUUAUUGAUCGAUUAGGAGCUCACGAGGUUCAGAAUCUGACGUGUGAAUUAUGCUCAUUAGUAUUUCCUGAUGAUGGGAAGCUAAGAGCCCACGUUACAUCGCAUCACACCCGACGAAAAAAAUAUAUUUGCAAGUUCUGCGGUCAUAUCUCUCACAGUAUGUCAGAGUUGAAUCUCCAUAAAAACGAUGUUCAUAAUUAUACAGCAUGGGCAAAUGUACCAGAAUACCUGAAAUCACGUCGAACAUUUUACCAAUAUGAUGAAGAACAAAAACGAUUGCGGCGACGAACAAAUUUUGAAAUGGCUGAUGAAAUGUCAAUUCGACUGCCAAUUCUUGGAGAGAUUUCUGAUGGAGACACUGCCGGACGAGUUACAUGUCCAGAAUGCGGACUAAAGUUGAAUCGACCUCGUCUUUUGUUCAAGCACAUGGAACGAGUUCAUAUGAAAUCUUCGUUUUCUUGUAUGGUUGAGACAGGAGGUCUCCCUACCUUUGAAUUAGAAGUAUCAAAUGGUGAGAUCUUUUGGACGUGCUGUGAUUCUAAAUUCGACAAUCGUCCGGAGUUCAUCGAACAUCGACGUCUUCAUAUUCCAACUCAACAUGAAGAAGUCGUUGUUGAAAGCUCCGAAGAUCCGAAUGAUAUUCCAUCUACAUCCCAAGCAAUGAUUCCAGAUGAGGAUGCAAAUGAAGCAGCAGAACAACACAACUUCCCACAAAUGAUUCAUGAUGAGCAUGGAAAUAUUCAAGUUCUCUUACCAGAAGGAUAUGAUCUCAGAGAAACUUAUUAUAUUUACGAUGAGAAUGGAACGAAAAUUCAAUUGGUCCCAUUACAACAACCAGAUGGAACUAUCGAUCAUCAUCACCUCGUUCCUCAAUUUGAAAUAAAUCAUGAAGGCGAGGAGCAGAUAAUUGAAGAGGGCGAUGAGAUGAUGGCAUUGGAAAAUGCUGAAAUUGAAGGAGAAGUUGCUGAAAAUGAAUAUGAUCAGUUUCAAAUGGAUCUAGGAAAUGACUGGGAUAAUAUGGGUAAUGUGCAAAUGAUCUUAGUGAACGAAGAUGAUACUCUAGAAGAAGAACAUGUCGAAGAUGUGGAUCAUCAAAUAAUCGAAAAUGUCGAAGGCGAUGAAGGGGUGAUUGAAAUCAACGGGCAACCACUUUUUGAUUAGUCUUAAAUAUAAAUAAUUUUUUUUUCGAAUAAAAAUAAAUUAAAU